CGACUACAAUUGACUCAAUAUGGCCACCAAGGUAGCACAGAAGAGGCUUCAGAAGGAAUACCUUAAUAUGCAAAGAUCACCUCCUCCUUUUAUCUGGGCUUGUCCAGAAGAGAAGAACAUUCUCGAUUGGCAUUUUAUUAUUCGAGGACCUCCCGAUUCACCUUACGACGGAGGAGAAUAUCAUGGGUUGAUUUGGUUCCCUAGUGAUUAUCCUUUCAAACCACCUGAUGUCAAGUUGUUCACCCCUUCUGGCCGGUUUGAAACUGGUGUGAAGAUCUGUAUGAGUAUGACUUCCUAUCAUCCCAGCACAUGGAACGCAGCUUGGAGUGUGGCUACUAUCCUCACUGGACUUUUGUCGUUUAUGUUGUCGGAUGAAAUCACAGCUGGAGCUGUCAAAACUACCGUCGAAGAGAAACGUGCACUAGCAAAAUCGAGUCACGCAUUCAACCUUUCCAAUAAGAAAUUCCGCGACAUAUUCCCUCAAUAUUCCACACCGACAAUGACCGAUUUACCUGAUAUGGGACGCUCAAAUCCUUCUAAACCAAGUUUGGAGUUGGGAUCAUUCACGAGUUCUUCCGUCAUUCUUACUCCCACACUCACUCCAACACCCACACCCACACCCACACCUGGACCACUAGAGAUACCUCAUCAAGAAAUAGGAGAAAGAAUAGAAAACGUCGCUGUAGUAGAAGGAAGAGUAGGAGUAGAUGAAAAUGUUCAAGUGAGAAAUAGACAUGGUUGGUUUUCAUGGAGAUGGAUUGUGGCUGUAGCUAUGUUAGCUUUACUUGGACGAUUAUCCUCUUUAGGUCGAUGA